AUUCUGGAGCGUUAUUAAUUCGUCGUAAGCUGUUUUUCCUCCCUCUUGUGAUGCAGACAGACAGGCAGACAGGGGGCAGAGCUGCUGCAGUUGUGUGAGGGCGCCGCUGGGUGAGUCUCUCCCCCCUUUACCAAAGAAAAGACGAGGAGCGCUGCCUGGCUCGGCCAACAGCAGCAGCAGUCAGCAGGAGCAGCAGCAGCAGCAGCAACAGCAGCAGCAGGAGGAGGUGGUGGAGGAGGAGGGCCGCCGCCAUUAUAGGAAAAGCUGGCAGAAACGAGCACUUUCACUCCCGCACUCUGCUCCUGAAACCCGGUAGAACGUGAAGGAUCGGUGUCGCAGCGAAACAGAAACGAAGCGGCCCCGACGAUCGUGAACGACUCCCCGUGUGCGGUGCGGCCGGCCCUGCUUUACCCCGGCACAACAAUGGACAUAAUAAUGACCGAAUAAAGCAACGUGGUGAAGCCGAGGGACGAAGAGGAAUGAGCGGAUUUUCUUCCACACGGCCAGGGAUCAUUGUUAAAACUGCAGGGAACCUCGGGGGUUUGAUUAUUCACCACCAGCCUUCGCCUCUUUUCCAAACCGUCUUUAAAUGCAACAUGGUGACAGCGAGGCUACAUACAAAGAGAAGCCGGACUUGGAGAAUCAGUAUUUAAAUCUCAUCACCUCACGGAGGAGUUGCAGUAUUAUUUCUAUCGUCUGUGAAUUCUAGGAACACAGCCACAACGUGUGUGUGUGUGUUGUGCGGUUUUGUGUGUAUGUACGUGUGUGUGUGUGUGUAGCAGCAGCAGAGCAUCAAGAGUCGAAGGGGCUGCGGCAGCGCCGUGGCCUGACAGAUGCAGCAGCAGAAAGGCUCUAAUGCCAUCGUAUGGAUUUGUUUCACAAAAGGAAUAAGGAAUCGUCUGCUCCUAUCGCUGCACUGAUAUUUAAUAAAACUGAACUCUGACCUCCAGCCCUGUGGAUAAGCCGCAACAUAUAUGGACAGAUUUCAAGUGAACUCUUGUAUACAGUGCCUGUCUAUGGCAGGAUGAGCGUCAGCUGACAAUGAUGGCGAAAAAACAAGAUGCCCGAUCCCCCAUUUACAACCUCGUUGUUGUGGGUUUGUCAGGAACGGAGAAAGAGAAGGGACAAUGUGGGGUUGGCAAAUCCUGUCUGUGUAAUCGCUUUGUGCGGCCCAGUGCUGAUGACUUCUACUUGGACCACACGUCAGUGUUGAGCACCAGUGACUUUGGGGGUAGAGUGGUCAACAAUGAUCACUUUUUGUUUUGGGGGGAGGUGGGGAGGGUCCUGGAGGAAGGCCCAGAGUGCAGGAUGCACGUUGUGGAGCAAACAGAGUUCAUUGAUGAUCAGACAUUUCAGCCCCACCGUAGCACUGCAAUGCAGCCCUAUAUCAAACGUGCUGCUGCGACCAAGCUGGCUUCAGCAGAGAAGCUGAUGUACUUCUGCACAGAUCAGCUGGGUCUGGAGCAAGACUUUGAGCAAAAACAAAUGCCCGAGGGAAAGCUGCAGGUGGAUGGAUUCCUGCUUUGUGUGGACGUCAGCCGGGGCAUGAACCGCAAUUUUGAUGACCAGCUGAAAUUUGUCUCAAAUCUGUACAGUCAGCUCAGUAAGACCAAGAAGCCCACUGUACUCGUCCUCACCAAGUGUGACGAAGGAGUCGAACGCUACAUCAAGGAUGCUCACACCUUUGGCAUCACAAAAAAGAGCCUACCUGUGGUGGAGACAUCCGCACGCUCAAAUAUUAAUGUGGACCUGGCCUUCCUCACUUUGGCUCAGCUUAUUGACAAGAGCAGGGGCAAGCCCAAGAUUAUUCCCUAUUUCGAAGCUCUCAAACUCCAGAGUCAGCAGAUAGCUUCAGCCAAGGAUCGAUAUGAAUGGCUAAUCAACCGUAUAGUCAAGAAUCACAAUGAAACCUGGUUAAACACAAGUCGCCGCAUGAACACCUCUCCAGAGUACAAAGAGUACGUCUUUUUAGAAGGAACAGCCAAGUGCAAGAAGCUUUUCCAACAGCACGUCUACCGUCUGAAACAGGAACAUAUCGAGAGGCGUCGCAGAAUAUACCUUAGCACUCUUCCCUUAGCACUUAGUUCUUUAGUGCCUGACUUGGAUGAGAUAGAUCAAUUGAGUUGGUCUGGGGUUCAAAAGGUUUUGGAGUCAAAGCAGCACUUCGCUCAUUGGUUUGUCGUUUUGGAGGACUCACCGUGGGAGGAUACGUCACACAUCGACAACAUGGAGGAUGAGCGAAUCCCCUCAGACCUCCUGGAGACCGAUGACGCAGAAGACAUAUUUAAUGCCCACCUGGAACAUCUGCGCAACGAGUGCAGACGGGCAGAGAUGAGACUGGAGUUUAAACACAAGUUGGCCUCCUCGCCCUUUGUCACACCUGGUAAACCAUGGGAAGAAGCACGCAGCUUUAUCAUGAAUGAAGAAUUCUACCAGUGGCUUGAGGAGCCGGAGUACUUGGAACUGUACAACCGCCACCAGAAGGAGAUCAUUGACCGUGCUAAAGAGGACUUCCAGGAGCUGCUUCUCGAGUACUCUGAACUGUUCUAUGAACUAGAGGUGGAUGCCAAGCCGAGCAAAGAGAAGAUGGGAGCGAUUCAAGAGGUUUUGGGAGAGGAGCAGAGGUUCAAGGCACUACAGAAGCUUCCAGCUGAAAGAGACGCUCUGGUACUGAAGCACAUCCACUUUGUCUAUCACCCUACUAAAGAAACCUGCCCCAGCAGUCCUCACUGUGUGGACUCUAAGAUCGAACAGCUCUUAGCUUCACGGUUUCCUUCCUGUUAUCCCUUCUUUGAUGUGAAAGCUCAUUUUGGAGACACUAAAGCUGACAGAAUCAACCUGGUCAUACUGGGGAAAGAUGGACUGGCCCGAGAAUUUGCCAAUGAGAUUAGAGCACUGUGCACCAAUGACGACUGGUAUGUGCUAGAUGGGAAGAUGUAUGAGCUGACGCUGCGGCCCAUCGAAGGAAAUGUACGUCUCCCCGUCAACUCCUUCCACACGCCCACCUUCACACCACAUGGGUGUCUGUGUCUGUACAACUCCAAGGACUCUCUCUCUUACGUGGUUGAAAGCUUGGAGCGACUGAGAGAAUCGACUUUGGGGCGAAGGGACAGCCAGCUGGCCCAGCUGCCCACCUCGCUGCUGUUAGUCACCAAGAGAGGCGUAGGCUCGUACGUUGAUAUAGGUGGAGAAACGGCCCUGAAACUAAUAACACAAGGACAGCAGGUUGCGAGGAGACUGCAGUGUAGCUUUUUAGACCCUGCCUCCCCCGGGGUGGGCUACGGUCAUAAUAUCAAUGAGAGUCAAAUCAACCAGGUGUUGAGGAGUCUUCUGGAUAUUAGGAGGAGCACUUCUUUCAGUAGCAGCUCCCCACCGCUACUCCCUGAACCUCAAAGUCUGCGAGACUCUCCUCACCAGACGGCUCCAGAGGCAGACCUCCGUGUGGUUGUCUGUCUGAUGUGCGGAGACUCCUAUGAUAUCGAGCAGCUUCUGGCCCCUUUCCUGAUGCAUCAGCACUGCAGGCCCAUGUCUAACAGUGGCACCUCUGUGCUGCUGGAACAAACGGUUGCUGGACACAAGAUAGCCAUAGAGUUGUCUCUGCUCUCCUACCAUGCUUCCUUCACGCUGCGAAAGAGUAGGUUGGUCCACGGCUACAUCGCUGUGUACUCUGUCUCCCGAAAAGCCUCCCUGGAGACUCUGUGUGCGUUCUUAUGUGAAGUUCAAGACAUCAUCCCAGUCCAACUGCUCGCAGUGGGAGACAGCCAGGCGGAGCUCACCGAUAGCGACUACGCCUGUGAACAGCUGAUCCAGGGGGAGGAGUUAGCCCAUGAGAUUGAAGGUCGUUUUAACACUGUGGUGUGUGGAUCAGGGGGCGUGGUCGGAGGCCUGCACAGGAUAGAAAUGUUCCAUUCUUUUCUGAUGGAAGUGGUGGAGAAACGGAACAUCGUGGAGGCCACGCACAUGUAUGACAACGUAGCCGAAGCCUGCACCAAUGAGAAUGUCUACUCUCCACGCUGCAGUUCCCCCAGUCCAGUCACCAUGUUUCUAGAUUCAGAGGACGACGUGGAACCAUCUCCUCCAUACUAUGACGGCACACUUACCUCUCACGGCGGGGGCUUCCACCUGGCUGAUUUAGACUCCAGUGAAAUGUCUGUCAUCUCUGAUAUGAGAGACUUUGAAAACAAACUUAACAACAAAGUUCCACCCCAGGUGAGGGUAAAACCAGGUGUCACCUUUGACUUCCGCAAGAUCAGCCGAAACCCUUAUAUCGACACGCUGGGUCAUCGUCGCUCCCUGCCCUCUGCCGUCACCUGGGUUCCUGGUGGAGACGUGGGCUACGAUCCCUCAGACUACGCUGAACCUAUGGACGCCGUUUCAAAACCACGCCCUAGUAAUGAAGAGAUCAUCUACUCUGUGCCACAUGACAGCACACAAGGCAAAAUCAUCACCAUACGCAACUCCAACAGGAUGCACUCGAACGGAAACGGCUCUGACAGUGAAGCGGACAGCAGCUCUCUGGAGCGCAGGAGAAAGUUCUCGGCAGUGGGGGUGAAGCCUCGUCUGUACCGGGACAGAUCCAAGAGGCUGGGAAAGUUCAGCAGCUUCCGCUCGAGCUUCAUAGGCAGCGACGAUGAGAUGGGAGCUCUGCCCAAGUCCAAGGAAGACGACUAUGGGACCCUGAAGGGUGAAAGUCUUGUUAAUGAGGAGAUCGAGGAUCCGAAAAAGAGGAACAUCCUGAAGAGCCUGCGGCGUACAGCCAAGAAAACCAGACCAAAGGCCCGUCCAGCUAUUCCCAAACCAAUAGAGAGCAGUUACUUUGGAGUUCCCCUGGUAAACGUGGUGUCUCCAGACAGGCCUAUUCCAAUCUUCAUUGAGAAGUGCGUUCGCUUCAUCGAGACAACAGGCUUGAACACAGAGGGCUUGUAUCGCGUAAGCGGCAACAAGUCGGAGAUGGAGAGCAUGCAGAAGCAGUUUGAACAGGACCACGGCAUAGACCUGGUGGAGAAAGACUUCUCCAUAAACACUGUGGCUGGAGCCCUCAAGAGCUUCUUCUCGGAGCUGCCUGAGCCCCUGGUGCCUUGUGCUCUGCAGGUGGACCUACUGGAUGCUUUCAGAAUAAAUGACAGAGAACAGAGGCUGUACACUAUGAAGGAUGUCCUGAGGAAGUUCCCCAGAGAGAAUUAUGACGUCUUCAAAUAUGUUGUGAGCCACUUAAACAAAGUGAGCCAGCUGAAUCGGGUGAACUUGAUGACCAGUGAUAAUUUGUCCAUCUGCUUCUGGCCCACACUCAUGAGGCCCGACUUCACCACCAUGGACGCGCUGACUGCCGCCAGAACCUAUCAGACAAUCAUUGACACCUUCAUCCACCAGUGUUCCUUCUUUUUUUACAACCAACCCCUCCUGGACUCCCCCACAGGCCUGGGGGGGCUCCCAGCCUCCCCCACCACCACCCUGGGUGGAAGCUCCGCCUACUCUUGUUACCGCUCCUCACCGCCGCACACCUCCACACACUUCAGCCCGCUGCAGCAGUCUCCGCCCACCACCCCCCAGUCUCCGAUGCAGUCACUGCUCCCUCCCCUCCACCAGCACCCCCACUCCCACCACUCACCUGCCGAACAAGAGACACUGUGAGAGACGAUACCAAACCACGUGUGCCCAUGAUGAUGCUGGACCUUCUCACCACGUCCCACUAGGAGAAGAAAAAAAAAA